CCCUUGCAGGAGAGAGUUAAGGCCAUUCAGGAGUUUCCCAUCCCAACCUCUAUUCGCAAACUCCAGCCACUGAAUGGUCUCCUGACCACACCACAAGGUAGCGACCGUAAACUCAACUGGGAUCAGGCAACAACAGCAGCCUUCACAGCCGUCAAGGACGUCCUCGCUACCUCCACACUGUUGUCACACCCUAAGCCGUUCGCACCAACAUGCAUCAUGGCUGAUGCAUCCGACAGAGCAGUUGGAGCCGUUUUACAGCAACAGAUCGGCGGCGAAUGGCAUCCACUGUCUUAUUUCUCCAAAAAGCUCCGCCCAGCGGAGACUCGCUACAGCACG